CACAAAUUUCUGCAAACUAAAUGUACAAACGCUACACUAUGGCUUUGUUUAUUUUUUUGCUACUUUCUACUUUCCCUGAUUCGAUAUUCUCGACUGCCACUAAUAUUGCCAUCACAUCACCCACCCAAAGUAUCACUCUCACAUCAUUUGAAAAGCUUCCUCUACCCUCCACUGCGACCUCUCCGGAGUCCUUGGCUUUCAAUUUACUAGGGGAAGGUCCUUACACUGGCGUCUCCGACGGCCGAAUUCUUAAGUAUAUAAGGCUUACUAAGUCUUUCGUAGACUUUGCCUACACUUCACCAAAUAGGACUCGGGCAUUUUGUGAUGGGACGACUAGCCUCGACAAGUCUCCGACCUGCGGGCUGCCUCUGGGACUGGAUUUCGAUUAUUUCACCGGCCAACUCUAUUGUUGUGAUCCAUUCGUCGGCCUUACCCGUGUCGGAGCAUUUGGAGGGCUGGCUACUACUCUUGUCCCGACUAAGGAUGGAGUGCCUUACCGCUUUCUCAUUGCCGUAACUAAGACUAGUGAUGGACCUGUCUAUUUUACAGAUGCCAGUGCUGUUUAUGGUCCAAAAGAUGCGGAUAAAUCUAUCCAAACUGGAGACUCAACAGCAAGAUUGUUGAAGUACGAUCCCAGAACCAAAAACGUAACCGUGCUACUCUCACAGCUAGCCGGAGCUGUAGGGUUGGCCACCGACAGUGAUGCCUCAUUCCUCCUCGUUUCAGAGUUCAUUGCGAAGAGAAUUCUAAGGUAUUGGCUUAAAGGAGAAAAAGCUGGAACUUCUGAAAUUUUCUUGACAUUUCCAGGAGGCCCAAACAAGAUUAAGAGGAAUCAAGAAGGAAACUACUGGGUUGCAGUGAAUGCUCCGAAAAAUGACUCCACCGUUGCACCCCAAGGUGUGAAAUUUAGCCCUUCAGGAGAAAUUCUAGCCAUGGUUGAUCUCAGCAAAGAGUACAAUAGCCGUAUUACAAUUGUUAUAGAAUAUAAUAACAAAAUAUAUGUUGGAGGUCGGAAUUUUCCUUUUGUGGGUCAGUACGAUAUCAAAUAUGUCUGAAAUUUAACUUCUACUAAGAUCAAUUUGUAUCAAAUAUGGUUGAAGCACGGAUGCCCUUUUAAAACAAGUCUAGUUUGGUUGUCUAGACUCAGUAGCAAAUGCUAAGAUUUGCUACGGAAUAAUAUACUUAUAUGCUGAUCUUUGAAAGAUUAAGCUUGUGCUAAUAAAAGG